GGAGUCGCGACACGAACUAAACCUGAGGCACAGUCGGAAAAAUGUCCUAAACUAAACAAAACUGCGAAAUCCUUUUAAAACUGGAUAUACACCGGGAUAGUUGAUACUCACCGUGUAACGAACCGAUAUUUGGAACGAAAAAGUGCGUACUUUGUCGGAACAGUACUGGCUGUAUAAACAACUGGCUGUUUAGUAAAGUUUGGACCGUCGCUAGCUGAGUUAGCUGGAGAGCUAAUAAACACUGGCGUUUCUUCAGUGCGGAAAACUUCACAGCGUUAUGUCGCUCCGCGUUUACCUAUAAAGAAACACGGGGCGAUUUAAUUAAUAAGUCUUAAAUAUAUUUAUUUAGUUUUCUUUUCACGAACAAGAAACAAACUCGAAACAAAGUCAGAAUUAAGUUCACUUCAUGACAAUUGUAUUAGCUCACGGAUCACCUUUUUGUAAAUUAGCUUAGCUUAGCUUGGCUUUUUUCACUGACGAAAGGAAAUACAGAAGGAACUCAGGAUUAAUGCGCUACGAAGCCAAAAUGAUGCCGAUGUUUCUGACCGUGUACCUCAGCAACAAUGACCAGCAUUUUACAGAGGUGCCCAUCACUCCAGAGACUGUGUGUCGUGAUGUGGUGGAGCUCUGCAAAGAGCCUGGAGAAGUUGAUUGCCACUUGGCUGAGAUGUGGAGAGGCUCGGAGCGCCCUGUGGGUGAGGGUGAGAGGAUGCUGGAGAUUCUGCAGCGCUGGGGCUCGCGCAGAGCCGAGGUUCGCUUCUUCCUCCGCCACGAGAGACCUCAGAGUCGUGAACCAGGAAUUGCCAGAGCCAUGGAGCCAAAGAGGAACGGUGUUAAAGGACCCUCAGAUAGAAGAAUGGAAAAUGGGGUUUCUGGUCCACGCAUGGACAUGACUCUGGCUGAACUGCAGGAGAUGGCGGCUCGACAACAGCAACAGAUCGAUGCUCAACAGCAGCUGCUGUCCUCCAAGGAGCAGCGGCUACGCUACCUGAAGCAGCAGGAUCAGAUGAAACAGCACCAAGUUUCCGAACAGGAGAAGCUGCUACGUCUUAGGGAGAACGUGGAGAAGCAGGAAGCUAGGCUCAAGAAAGUGCGAGCACUCAAGGGCCAAGUGGAGCACAAGCGCAUCAGCAAUGGAAAACUAGUUGAAGAGAUCGAGCAGAUGAACAACCUGUUUCAGCAAAAGCAGCGCGAGCUGGUGGUCGCUGUGUCUAAAGUGGAGGAGCUCAACAGGCAACUAGAGACGCUGAAAAACGGCAAGCUGGACGCUCUACACGAUAACCAGGGAGCCGUGGCUGAGCUCGAUCGUCUCUACAGAGAGCUGCAGCUAAGAAACAACAUGAACCAAGAGCUGAACAGCAAGCUAACACAGCAAAGGGACAACCUGAACAAGAGGAACCAGGAUGUGGCUACUAUGGACAAGCGAGUCAGCGAGCUUCGGGAUCGCCUCUGGAAGAAAAAAGCAGCUCUGCAGCAGAAAGAAAACCUUCCGAAUGGCUUCCCCGUUAAGGAAAAAGCUUCAAAAGACGCCCAUCCAAAGGUCCCCUCUGAUGGUCAACCCCCUCAAACGGCAGGCCAGUCUCGUGUGGCUGCAGUCGGGCCGUACAUCCAGUCGUCCACCAUGCCGCGCGGCCCAGCCAGGCACGACCUGCUCGUUAAACCCGGCUACCCAGAUGGCACGGCCACGCUGCCACAUCAGGACAGGAGUGCUGGCAUGCCGGCGGGCAAACCUGGUACAGGGCUCCAGUCAUCAAAGGGUCCUAAAGUGUCCGACUGGAGCUCAGCCAACACAGAUUUCAGCAAGAGCCACGGUUCCUCCACUUUACCACGCAUGGCCAGUCAGGUUCCAGCAGAGCAAGCUCCAGAUGUGACAGCGGUACUGAAACGGGGCCAGCAGGAUCGAAAAGUGCGUCCAAUCUCCAUGUUUGAAUCAACAGACCCACCUGCGGCGUCGUUACGCAAGAACCAGAGCAGUGACGACCUUGCCAAAGAUGCUCAGAAUGCUGUGAAAAACCCAGUCAAGGUUCCUCCACCUGUGGCAAUCAAGCCAAAGCUGUUAAAUCUACCCUUCUCAGGCACGGGCACUGUUCCAGGCAAGGGCAAAACAAGCAACCAGAACCAGCGCGUCCCUCUUCCCUCGAAUCAAAGCAACACGCUUCCUCUUCCAUCCAAGCAGGAGCCCCCACCUGCUGCCACUGUGCGACCUUUUACCCCGGAGCAAAAGGAGUCGGCUUUCCAGAAACCCAAGACACUGGCAACCAGUUCCAUUUACUCCAUGUACACUAAACAGCAGGGAGCACCGAGUCGCUCGCAGAAUCGCUUCAACUUUGUUAGCGUGUAUGGCAAGCCUGUGAUUCCUGCAGGCCAGCAAUCCCAGCCACAACCCAUGGACAACUUCUACCCGGAGCAUCCCUACGCCCCUGAAACGGAGCCAGACCACAACGUAAAUGGCUCUUUACCUCCCGAAAACCAGGAGACAGAACGCAUCCCCCGACCGCUCAGCCCCACCAAGCUGCUGCCCUUCAUCUCCAACCCCUAUCGCAACCAAAGCGACAUGGACCUAGAGGCCCUACGCAAAAAGCUCUGCAAUGCUCCCCGGCCCCUCAAAAAGCGAAGCUCCAUCACUGAACCCGAGGGUCCUGCAGGGCCAAACAUUCAAAAACUUCUCUACCAGAAAACCACCCUGGCUGCGAUGGAAACCACAACCAAUCCCCCCAAACCUGCAGAGGAAGCCAAUCCAACACCCGAACCUCUUCCCGCUGAAAAGCCGGAACCCGAAAUACCUGAACAGCCACAGCCUGCCACAACACCGCCUGCGCCCACGAACGUUCUGAAAAUCGACGGUGAGGAAUUUAUCCCACCACCGCCACCUUCUCACCCCGCCCCUCGACCUGAAGAUGCAUUUUUGGUUCCGCUCCCUCCUCCUCUGGAAGUUGAAGAGUCGAUCCCGUCGCCUUCCGAGAACUACGAGGAGUUUCCUCCAUACCCUCCACCUCCUUAUCCCAGUGGGGCUGACCAGGAAGCUCUUGGAGAAGACAUUUUUAACAUGAAGCCACCAGAGAUCAUGAGCCAGGUCCCUCUUCCUCCAGGCAAGAGGACAAACCUGCGCAAGGUGGGAUCAGAGCGCAUAGACCAUAGCAUGAGGGUGAAAUUCAACCCACUGGCCCUGCUGCUAGACUCCUCUCUCGAGGGAGAGUUCGACCUGGUGCAGAGAAUCAUCUACGAGGUCGAGGACCCCAGUCAACCAAACGACGAGGGCAUCACUGCUCUCCACAAUGCCGUCUGUGCCGGCCAUACAGAGAUCGUUAAAUUCCUCGUACAGUUUGGAGUCAACGUUAACGCCGCUGACAGCGAUGGCUGGACUCCACUGCACUGUGCUGCCUCCUGUAAUAACGUGCAGGUGUGUAAAUUCCUGGUGGAGUCCGGUGCAGCCGUGUUUGCCACCACCUACAGCGACAUGCAGACUGCCGCGGAUAAGUGUGAGGAGAUGGAGGAAGGCUAUACCCAGUGCUCACAGUUUCUCUAUGGAGUGCAAGAGAAAAUGGGCAUCAUGAACCGGGGCGUGGUGUACGCACUGUGGGAUUACGAGAGCGAGGAAGAUGAUGAGCUGCUGUUUAGAGAGGGCGACUGCAUGACUGUGGUGAGGAGGGAGGACGAGGACGAGACUAACUGGUGGUGGGCACGCAUGGGGGACAAAGAAGGCUACAUCCCCAGAAACCUGCUUGGGUUGUAUCCAAGAAUAAAGCCACGACAAAGGAGCUUGGCUUAAAUCCACAAGAGAAGGAGGACUUGUGAAGCUGUAGGACAGCUACACAAGACUGUCGACACUAUGUACACUCUUCCGAGAACGCUCCGAAACAAAUGAAGAGACCAAAACAUGAAGGAUUUUUUUUUAAAAAGAAGAACAAAAUAAGUGAAACUGAACUCCUGACUGCAGAUCCUGCACUUUUCUACUCCAUUUUUCUAACCUACGUGUUUUUUUUUUUUCUUUAAUGUGUGUCUACCCAUGUUGCUCUUCAAGCCUGAAUAGUCGUAUUUUCAUUUUGUUACCUUUGUUGUCCAGAUCUGACCCUUGUUACAUGUAUUUUCUGAGCAUAGUGCGAAAAUAAUAAUCUUGUAAUUGGAUUGACUGACUGACUGGUUAAAUCUUCAUGGAAUUCACAGUUAGCACAAUCAGUACAGAAAGCUUCGGAUUUGGCCUCAACAACAGUCGGCUGGCGCAGGGGUCUGAUACUCGAGCUCAUUCUGUCCUGGCUGUUCGAGCUCUGUGGACUUUGAAACUACUUGUUGAUUUUGAUUGAUGCUUUUGGACACGCCAGAGAACCGAGAAAAAGGUUUAGCUCACUGAAAUCCUUUAGCUGCUUAGAGAUUUGAGGUGGGUGCUGUUACCUCCGGUCAGUAUUUCUUUGCCAUAACAUGUCUGUGAUGCUUGUUUUAUAGGACACUAAACCCGCUGCAGUUUGAACUAGUACUUCAGGCACAUUUGUCCUCUGUAUGCUAGGCAGACUGUGUCAUUUAAUCAAGUCACUAAUCAUAAGAUGGCUCAAGUGAUGUAGCUUUUGUAGUUUUUUCCCUCCAUGUUUUCAUUCUUUGUGUCUAAACGUACUUAUAUUUUGACCCUUCACUUUUGUUUUCUAUGUUUUUUUUUUUAUAUUUGUAGCCUUACUUUCAAAACCAGUGUAUUUAUUGUACCUUAUUACUCAUCUCUGUCCUGAUUUGUAACUUUAAUUAUAAAAACUACUUUAAGCACUGCA